CCUAGCAUGGCAUACACCCUUUGAUGAAGGACUCCGUGCUCUGAGAUGCCACACUUCCUUCCUCUGGACUUCUCAGCUGUCACCCUGGGGCUCCUGUAAAGGCUGAUAAAGUUCAAUGCCUGCUGUGUCUUGGCAUCUUCAGGUCUGAGCUCCUGGCAGGCACGCAUUUGGCCUGUGAGUUUGUUCUUCCCUACUCUGCCUUACUUUCUUUUUUUGUGAUGGGCCUGAGGGGGUACUUGGCCCACAGAGCAGCCAGGAAUGAGCUGCCUUCAUAGGUGGAUCAGUUCACCUCCCCACCCUCCCCCCCCCCCCCCAGCCUUCAAGCGUGCAGUAGCUGUGCCCUUCAGCCAAGGGCGCAUAGAACUUUGCUGAGCCCUUGGGUAAAUGAGCUACCUGGUCUAGAGAGGGGGGGGGGAUCACCCUGAGCUGUCCAGCUGGAGGGCGGCAAGAAGACCAGGGCACCACCUGGGCAUUCCAUUCAUUAUCCCCAGGGAGGGAGCUCAUAAAUAUUCAUAUGCACCGGAGGGGGAUGGAAGGAGCCAACCAGCCGCCUGCUGGGUAUCAUUGGAGCAUUCUUGUCUCUGACUGCAGAGGCAGCCUGGGUGUUGGGAGAGGAAAGGGGCAGCUAGUCACAGCCCAAGCGGUUGCCUGAGAUGCCUCUGCUGCCGAAGAAGCCCUGGGAGUCCAAGGCCAAGGGGCUGGUGCUGGGAGCCCUCUUUACCAGUUUCCUGUUGCUGCUCUACUCCUAUGUGGCACCCCCGCUGCACCCCAACAUGGCCUUCACGACCUCAGAGACCGCAGCGCCCUGCUCCCCUGCUCCCAGUGAGCCAGGGACGGCCACCCCCGUCAACGGCUCUGCGGGAGGGUGCCAACCUCGGCGAGACAUCGUGUUCAUGAAGACGCACAAGACCGCCAGCAGCACGCUGCUCAACAUCCUCUUCCGCUUCGGCCAGAAGCAUGGGCUCAAGUUCGCCUUCCCCAAUGGCCGCAACGACUUCCACUACCCGUCCUUCUUCGCACGCAGCCUGGUGCAGGACUACCGGCCCGGGGCGUGCUUCAACAUCAUCUGCAACCACAUGCGCUUCCACUACGAAGAGGUGCGCGGGCUGGUGCGGCCGGGCGCCGCCUUCAUCACGGUCAUCCGCGACCCCGCGCGUCUCUUCGAGUCCUCCUUCCAUUAUUUUGGGUCCGUGGUGCCGCUCACCUGGAAGCUGUCGAGCCGCGACAAGCUGGCAGAGUUCCUGCAGGACCCUGAUCGCUACUACGACCCGAGCGGCUACAACGCGCACUACCUCCGCAACCUACUCUUCUUCGACCUGGGCUACGACAGCGGCCUGGACCCGGGCAGCCCGCGCGUGCAGGAGCACAUCCUGGAGGUGGAGCGCCGCUUCCACCUGGUGCUGCUGCAGGAGUAUUUCGACGAGUCUCUGGUGCUGCUCCGGGAGCUGCUGUGCUGGGACCUGGAGGACGUGCUGUACUUCAAGCUCAACGCGCGGCGCGACUCGCCGGUGCCGCGGCUCUCGGGUGAGCUGUACCGCCGUGCCACCGCCUGGAACCUGCUGGACGCGCGCCUCUACCACCACUUCAAUGCCAGCUUCUGGCGAAAGGUGGAGGCCUUCGGGCGCGAGCGCAUGGUGCGCGAGGUGGCCGAGCUGCGCCAAGCCAACGAGCGCAUGCGCCGCAUCUGCAUCGAUGGCGGCCAAGCAGUGGACGCCGAGGCCAUCCAGGACUCGGCCAUGCAGCCCUGGCAGCCCCUGGGCGUCAAGUCCAUCCUAGGUUACAACCUCAAGAAGAGCAUCGGGCCUCACCACGAGCAGCUCUGCCGACGCAUGCUCACGCCUGAGAUCCAGUACCUGUCUGACCUCGGAGCCAAUCUCUGGGUCACCAAGCUCUGGAAGUUACUUAGGGACUUCCUAAGGUGGUGACGUACCCCGCCCAUCUUCCCGUCUGGCUCCCUGCUGCAGAAGGGCCGGCCAGGGAGCCUCUGGCACCUAGCCUUCCCCAGCCAUGCCCGGUGCCACCCUGGGGUCCCCUGGGGUUAUUAGCUGGCCAGGAUUGGUCUUUCUGCACAAGAGAGAGCCUAACCGAGAAGUAUUUGACUAAUUAUGCCAUUUUUUUUUUUAUUAAAUCUCCUUUAUUUCCAGUCUCCUCUUACAAGGGGAGACUCAGAAGUAAAGGAAUUUUAUGUGUUUUUGUUAAUCGGCCUCACUGUGGUGACUGGAGGGGCCCUGGGAUGGGACCCUUGGGAGGGUGUCUGCAGAGGGCAGGGGCCUAGUGUGUUUGUUACUUGCUGAAGUCAUGUGUGGUUCAGGGACUUCCACAAGCUGCCAAAGCCUGGAAAAAUGGUGUGUGACUGAGUACUGGUUAUGUCCCCGGUACACCAUAGUGGAUGAGUGCUUUGUGGGCGUUAUCACAAAAACUUGGUGACUUGGGGAUUCUAAUUAUUCUCAUGUGACAACCAAGGAGGAGGGGACACUACUGCCAAGUAAUUACUGACCGGGUUGGCAGAAGUGGUGACCAGAUUAGAGCAGAGAUU